GCCCGUGGGGUAUUGCCCAGGGGGCUGGGGUUCGUCCCCAGGUUUGGCUUGUGGGCACCGGGCUGGAGGCAGCAGCUCCCCACCAUGAGUGGGGAUGCUCCUCGCCCUGGGGAGAAGGCACAGGCAGGAGGACGAAGCACAGGGACGGGCCGGGCUGCUCUCUUCGUAGGUGCCGAAGAGAAGCCAUCCCUCCACCCAGGGCUGCCGAGCAUGUUCCACCUCUUUUCCCACUGCUGGUCGUGGCUGCAGGCCAUACAGGAGCCCAUCAGGAAGGUGACCAUCCUCGUCGUGGGGCUGGACAAUGCGGGGAAAACCUCCGUCAUCAUGGACAUAGAGAGAGCGCUGGCCGGCGAGGUGCUGCCCGUGGCGCAGCCCGGCCAGACCCGCCUGCGGGUGGACAGGUUCGAGGUGACACUGGUGGAUCUGCCGGGGGGCCAGCGCUCCCGCAGCGCCUGGCGCAGCCACUACAGCGGGGCCCACGGGCUCCUCUUCGUCCUGGACUCCAGUGACCUGGCGCGGAUAGAGGAGGCCCGCAAGGUCCUGAGCCGUGUCCUGAGCCAUCCCGACGUCUCCGGGAAGCCAAUCUUGCUGCUGGCCAACAAGCAAGACGUGGCGGCCGCCCUGCUGCCCUGCGAGCUGAUCGAGCGCCUGUCCUUGGAGCGGCUGGUCAACGCGAACCGCUCGCCCUGCCGCAUCGAGCCCUGUGCCGCCAAGCGGGGCACCCCCCGAGCCACCCUGCAAGGGCUGCGCUGGCUCCUCCGCACCGCCCCGGCCGCCGCUCCGCCGCCAGACCCCGGCCCGCGGGCUGCCCGUGCCCGGACACCCACCCGCAGGGACCCGCCGCCCCCCGGGGAGGGUGCCCAAGAUGGCACGGGGAAGACGGAGGAGAACCGGCCACUGCGGCCCCUCCGCCGCCUCCUGCCCCUGGAGGAGGGCACAAAGGGCCCCGGGAGGAGGAAGAGGAAGGUGAAGGUGAGGAAGAAGGGCUCAGGGCAGCCAAGCCCAGCCGAGGAGCCGGAGGGACCAGGAGGAGGGGGUGACAACCGAGCCGGGGCUGCUGGGGGGCUGCUGCCCCUCAACAGGGUCGGGCAGGAGGAGCCCACGCCUGCCGGGACAGACACCCCCCACCCAGGGCAGGGCAUGAAAAAGAAAAAGAAGAAGAAAAUCAAGAAUAAAAUCAAGUCGCAGGAGCCUGUUGUGGAGCAGCAGCGUGAGGAGGUCUCAAGCACCUUUGACUUGUACCGCCAGGCGAUGCUGGCUCUGAAGAUGAGGCAGGAGCAGAGGAAGCAGCCGUCUGCCAUCACACCCUGAGCAGGGAAGGCACGUCCCAGGGGAUGUGUGGUCCCAGGGGAGCCCAGACUGCAGUGACAGUGGGACCCACGCUCGUGCAGGGCUUCUGGGGUGCUUUGGCCAGGGCUGGCAGUCCUGGGGCAUGAACAACAUCGUUGUCCUCUGCAUGGCUUGAAAACCAGGGAUCCGCGGGAGCAAGCCAAAAGUCCCUUUGUAAGACGCCUCCCUGGCAGCUGGUCUGCAAACCCGUCUGAAAAGGGAAUAGCCGGCCACUUGCUGACCCCGUGUUAGUAUUCUGUGGCAAACUCGGUCUGAACCCGACCAAAUCUGUGGAAGAGAGGCAGAUCAGAGCAAAUAUCUAGGGGAAAAGCCUGUCUCUCAAACCAACCUAUGCCCAGGCAAAGCUGUCUUCGCAGAUCAGGGGCUGACUCAGCCCCUCAGUCAGUCCCUGGCUGCCACCAGGACAAGUCCCAUUUGCUGCUGGUGAAGGUGGGAGGGCAGUCACGGGUGGUCUGUGGAGGAGCUUCACCCAGCCCCCAGCCACAUCUGGCAGGGCUGUCAGGAGCCCCCUCGCACGGUUGAGGAGGGUGAUGCCCGUCUUCCUCUGUGCAUCUUUGCAGCCCAUCAGCGAAGGCUUGGCUCGACGGCAGCUGGUGGGGGAGGCUGCUGGAGGCUCCUUCCCCAGGAUCAUUCCUCCUGAUCCUGCCAUCCUCCCGGGAGGGACAGUGGUGACCUGUAAGUGACGCAAAAUCCUCCCGUGUCCCUGACAGCCUGGCACCCUGCGGCCCCGGGGUGGUCUCUGAUCUGUGCUCAGCUCAGCUCUGAGACAGGAGGACGAGCGGCAUCCGCAUCCCCGCACAACCCGUCUGCCACACGCACCGUGUCCGGCAGAGCCACAGUGAUGGGGGCUGGGCCGUGCCGGGGGGUUUGUGCUGCCGGGCUCCGGCUGGGCACACGUGCGGGGAAACCAGCCGUCAGCCCUGGAAACACUUUACAUGAAGUCAGGAGUGCAGCAGUUUUCCCUCCAUGGCUGCGGCAGCGUGAGUCACCUCUACUCCCAUGAUUACUGAUUAACAGGCAAUGCCUUUGUGGUCCGGGGGGGGAAGAAAAAUCACUAAAGCCCUUCCCUGGGCAGGGAUGAAAAAAAGCGAAACUCCAGCUGCUCCGCCUUGCCAGUCCUCUGUAAAGUUCUGUCUAACUGCCACAUUCAACUGUCAGUGACUAUAAGGAUUAAUUGUAAAUAAAUUGUAAAUAACAAGAGCACAAAUUAAUACUGGCCUGUAAAUACAGCACUUUUAGUAAACCCUUGUCUCUGG